CGCUCAUGACGCGUUUAAGUGCUUGGUCGGUGCGCAGAAGUGGCCGGUGAGAGAGUUGCUAUUUAUUGGUGGUUGAAUUCCUCAAACUACAUCUGUCCGACGUUAAGAUGUCUGAUCAGGAGGCAAAGCCUUCCAGCCAAACAGGAGAGAAGAAGGAUGGGGAAUACAUUAAGUUAAAAGUUAUAGGCCAGGAUAACAGUGAGAUCCAUUUCAAAGUGAAAAUGACCACGCAACUAAGAAAGCUGAAGGAGUCCUACUGUCAGCGACAGGGUGUUCCACCAAAUUCACUUCGAUUUUUGUUUGAAGGUCAGCGGAUCACAGAUCACCAAACACCUAAAGAGCUUGGCAUGGAGGAUGAAGAUGUGGUUGAAGUUUAUCAGGAACAGACAGGAGGAUGGUUGAGAGCUUAAUUGCUGGUAUCAGAAUCCCAAUCAUCUGUAUAAUUUCUUUAUUGUUUCUUGUCGGCUGUAAUCACUGAUUUUAUAUAUUAAAAAAAAUGAAAAAAAGAUAACUUUCUUUCAUAUGGUUUGUACGACAGUUUGAUGCCCAGCUGGAAAUUCUUAUUUUCAGUAUGUACUGUAAUACAAUUAAUUCCAUAUAUUCAGCAUAAAUGGCAACGAAAUGUCAACUGAGAUUUUUUAAAAGAGCAGUUUGUGACUUGAGUACCUUUAUAAAUUAAUAUUUUUCAUUACAUAAAGACCAUUUUGGAAGGUUUUUUCCAAUUUGUCAGAAAAGUGGGUUUAAGAAUGCUGUGUGAAGGUUUCUUGCGUAAAGUUAUGUUCUAAAGUAUACAUUCCCAAACCUCAGUCUGAAAAUUGUAAGAUAAAAUUAGCAAAUUACAUUUUAAUGCAUCUCUUUGCCUCCUUUUAUUAUUUGGCCAGAAGAAUUUAAAUGCUUUCAAUUCAGAGACUUCUGGGCAUUUUGGGGGGAAAAAAAAAGGGCAGUCCAUUGGCUAUAAGGUGGUUAUACACUUGCAGGCUUUUUUUUAAAAUGUGGUGCAGCAGUAGUUUGAAAUAUCACUGCUGCCUUUGUAUGACAAGAAAAUACCCUUGAAAAAAUACAUUGUCACUGUGUGCAAGAAUCAGUAUUUGUCAUGUUCCUGUUUUAACCCUUUAACCCACUUAAACCUAUUUGUGUUUCAGAGCAAAAUGCUCAGAACUUUGUUCGGUUAUCUCUUUUGAAAGUAACAUGGUAAGUUUGUGAUAUAAAUGCAGAAAAGCUGUGCAGUUCAAGAAAUACUUCAGGAAAAUUGAAUGGCAGACAGACUGCACUGCUGCCCUAAACUUUUCAGUGAAAUCAGCCAUUUGAGGGUUACAUAGGGAUUACUCAUGGAAGAUACUGGCAGGAAACAAUUCAGAUAUGUUUGGUCUUGUCAUUUGUAGAUAUCGGUUGAUCUGGUUUAAUUUUAGGAAAGGGUUUCUUUUAAGUGAAUACCUCAAUUUACUCUCAAUCAUUCAUGCUAUUUUGUUUGCUGUUGUCGAACUGGCAGAUACGACAUUCAAUUUUAUUUUCAGUUUUCUUAUUUGUAUGUACUUUAUAUGCAUCAGGAGUUUAGAUCCACAGGUUUACUGCUAAUCUGUUGGUAAGAACCAACAUAGAGAAUUUUUGAGAGAACAGAUAUGAAUAGUUGUAAAUGGAUUUUAGAAAUUUGUACAUGAUAAAAUUUGGAAGGCGUUUUUGAUUACUCUUUCAGAAUAUGGUUCAGUCAGGCUGGAUUGAAUGGAUAUGUACAGAAAGGGGGGGAAGAAGCUGUUUUCCAAUUAUCAGUAUGCAGACAAUACCAACGCUUUUUUAAAACCAUUAUGACCACACCAUCAGAUGAAUUGUAACUAUUUGCCUAACAAGCUUAAAAUAUUAUUUUCCCCAAGUACCAACUGUAUCAAGUACAAUGAUGAGAGCAUUUUAAAAAAAAAUUGAAAUUUCAUUUUCAGUGAUUUGGUUUAAUGCGUUAGCAACCCAGUUUUUAAUUUGUAUUUUCUUUUGCUCAUGGAAUUCUCAAAAUUUAUUAUGCAGUUCAUAAGAUAUGAAUGAGGGUUGUUCAACUUUGUGCAUAAUCUUAUGAUUAUUAUGUUAAGAUGUUGAAUAAAGACAUGUUGAGAAAAUAGUGAUCAGAACACUUAUUCAUAACAUGUAAUCUUAUUUCUAUUUAUAACACCUGCACAAUUUUACUCACGACUUGGCAGUAAUAAUUCGUCAAAUGUUAUAGCUCUGUCCUUUUCAGAUAUAGUGCUCAAGUUCAAAUUCAGCCUAAACUGAUGCGGUCAAAACCUUUUGACAAAGUUUAUACAAGAAAAAUGAUUGGCACAGUCUUGAAUGUCUCUUACUUUCUAAUGAGUUUUGCGUCCAUAGCACUAUACUUACCACAUAGAAAUGUAUUGACCAAAAUCAUAACUGAAAUACGUCCUAAUUUCUUCAUACUAAUCCUUAUCUCUGUAACCACUUGCAUUUUUAAAACCUUUUAUGCUUUUCCAAUUCUGGUCUCUCGCAUAUCCUUUUUUAAAAAUUGUUCCAUUAUUGGCAGCUGAUCCUUUAGCUGCCUUGACUCUAUAAGCUUUCAAAUUCCUUGCGCAAGGUUAUCUGCCUCACUACUUCUGCCCUUUUCAAGAUGCUUCUUCAAAUCUGCCGCUUUUGGUCACAACGCUUUUUUUAGAUGUGUGGUUCAGUAUGAAAUUUUAUUUUGAUUAUGUUCCUCUGAAGUGCCUUGGGAUGCUUUACAGCAUUAAAGGCGCUAUAUAAAUACAACUUAUGUUAGAAAUGGAAGAUUCACACUAAUUUUUUAGGAAUUGUCCUACUGAAUUUGCUAGAAAAAAAGACAUAACUGGUUGGUGUGUGAGGAAGCCUAUACCUACCCAUGUUGAAGUUGAUCCAGGAAUCCUUAGUACUUCUGUUCUUGGUGCUAAAAGUGUAAAAACAAUCUAUUCUUUUGCAAAUUUUUCUCACUUUCCAAAAAAUGACAUGUUUGACGUAUGUAAAGAUUAAUUGUACAAUAAAUGCUAUGGAUGGUC